UACGAGUUUGUUGUCAACACAAGCAGUUGAUGGAGAGACGGGGAGCGAGUGGUUUCAUGCUGUUCUUUCAGAAGAUACAGAGUAAAAGUGAAAAAACACACACCAAGACAUACUCAAAAUUCAAAGUUGAAACAUUUCAAGAAAUUCCUCUCCACAUCUUAACUGAGAAAAAACGACACCUCCAAACAUGUCAGCAGUCCUUGACCGCAACAUUGACCUGUCCAAGUAUCGCCUGAAGGACCGCGUGCUCACGUGCACCAUAUGUCUCGAGCUGUUCAGCGACCCGAAGAUCCUCCCUUGCUUCCACACUUUCUGCAAGGGUUGUCUGUGGAGUCAUGUUCUCAACACAGUGAAGAUGCAGCGCUUUCCCUGCCCACUCUGUCGCACCGAGAUCCGCCUCCCCGAGGGUGGGGUCGACCACUUCCAAGGAAACUUCUACAUCCAAGAGUUCACCGAUCUCAUAAAACAGGAAUCAAUGGUCAAGGUAGAAAAUGCGAAAAAUGGCGGCAACUCUGGGACAGACGUCAGCAGUUCUGGAGAAAAACCGUCCACGAGCUCCAUAUCCUACAAAGACUUGUACUGCCCCACCCACGCAUAUAAAAAGGAGUGGGUGGUGUCGUACUGCAAGAGGUGUAGGGUGCCCAUCUGUGUGCAGUGCAAGAUGCACGAACAUUCGGGCCACGAGUGGGAGAGUUUGGCGGUGGUUGUGGGCGAAGCUCAGCGACAGCUCAACACGCUUGAUGCCAAGGUGAAGCGCUACCAGAAGGUCCUCAGAGAGCAGGGAGAGGACAGGCGCAGCUACAUGGACAGCUUCUGUUCCCAGGUUAACUCCGUCAGCAACCAGAUCAAGACGUGCGCUGAAGACAUCAAGCACAAGGUUGACAGCAGAUGCGAGUCACUGCUGGUACUGCUGGACCACCUGAAGGUGACCGAGACCAGCAAGGUGGAAUCUCACGAACUCCAAGUGCGAUCCUGCGUGAGCGGUCUAGGGGGAGGUAACCCAGGGACUAGAACACAUGAUGAAGGGAUCUGGCGUCCUUGA